GCUGGGUUGGGGUUAUAGGAAGUGAUGGCUCAGGCUCAUUCGGGUUUGUGUAUUCAUGGGGAGUUUUUUCAUGAGAAGGAGGAAGGAGUUAGGGAGCUCUGAAAUGGAGGGAGAUGGGGUAUAUGUCGGCUUAUUUGGAUUUUAACUACUGCCACGUUAGGCCAGCCAUAUCCUUCCUAGUUUGACAUGUUUACGAAUAAUCGGAGGCAAGAAGAGCGGACUGGAAAAUAUGGAACUCCCCGGGUAAAUUACCUUCAGGAAUUGGUGAGUCAGUUUCAGAAUGCUACUGAUGAAGAGAUAAAGGAGAGAAUUGCUGCUAAUCUAGCAAACUUUGCAUAUGACCCUUACAACUACACAUUCUUGCGCCAGCUUAAUGUUUUGGAACUUUUCCUCGACUGCAUGACAGAGCCCAAUGAGAGGCUUGUGGAGUUUGGUAUUGGAGGAAUCUGCAAUGCCUGUGUUGAUCCGUCAAAUGCUGCAGUUGUAAUUCAGUGUGGUGGAAUCCCUCUUGUCAUUCAAUGUCUCUCUAGUCCUGUCCGAAACACGGUGAACUAUGCUCUUGGGGCUCUGUAUUAUCUCUGCAGUGCAUCAAACAAGGAAGAGAUUUUGAAGCCAGAAGUAGUGGAUAUCAUCAAAAGAUAUGCUUCAGCUGGUGCAGUUAGUGUGAGCUUUAGUAACAUGGCCCAGGCUUUUCUCGAUAAGCAUGUCUCUGAGCUGAACCAAGCAUAGGAUUAGGAAGCCCAAUGAGACUGUGGCAUGUAGAAAUUGUAUUUAUCAUGUGUUCAUCUUCUAUUCUAAUUUCUUUUGCGACUUAAAACAUCCCUAUCUAUAUGCAUAAAAUUGUUUUUACCGUGUU